AUGGCAGGGGCAGUUUUGGGGAUGAAAAGUGAGAGGAAGAUUGGAUUAGUACAUGGGGCUGCUAUUGAGGUUAUCACAAGCCUUCUGAAACCAACACUAGUGUACCUGGGAGAAGAGUUUGGUCCAGUAAGGAAUCAGGAUGUGAAUGCUGAUGAUGAUGAUGAUCAAGUGGCCACUGUUGAAACAAAUAAUCAAGUCCCAAGAUUUAUAGACGGAAAGGGAGGUAAUGCUUUACAUAGAGGUUCAAUACUUGAUAAGCUCCCAAAGACUAGAAUCACAGAUAAGAAUAUCUAUGACUCUUCGGGAAAUAGAAUCUCCUGCUCAGUUUGCCUUGAGGUAUAUAUCUCACCUUCAAUUAGGGAUGGCAAUGGAUAA